GGGCGUUGACGCCCCGGUGUCGUGGCCUGAAUCACAGAUAAGUGUAUCACCGAUAGUGUGGCGUGGGCCGGUCGUAUGCGGGGUACAGACAGCGCCGGAUCCCCGCCAGAGGUGCCCACACGCAGUCGCCGGCCGCACGCGCAGCGCAGACUCCCGAGAAAAGGUGGUUGGAUUUCCGGAGCAGCGCCAUGCCGUCCGUGGUGAAGAAGGAGGUGAAGACCUCCACCAAACGCGACCCCCAGCACCCGGAGAUUGAGAUAAUCACGACGGAGACCAUCGAGACGCUGGACGACGGCUCGAGCACGACCACCAUCAAGACGGUGAAGAAGGGGCCCGGGCUGGACACCUUCCACAAGGAGACGCGCCAGGCGCUGGAGGACAGCAAACACGGUAACCGACGCCGGUCGUCUUCGUCAUCGUCCGAUGGAGGCAAACAUCACGGUCGACGUAAUCGCAGCUCCAGCCCUGAGAAGAAGAAGGGAGGACUGCUCUCCAAGUUUAAGAGGGAUAAGCCACCCAAGUCGCGCAGCCCGAGUCCCAAGGCGUCAAAGUCCAAGAAAGACAAGGAGUCCAAAUCGAAGAGCCGCCACCGCAGCAGCAGCAGUAACAGUUCCAGUGAUGACGAGGACAGCUUCGAGCAGGACUGCAUCAACGCCCACAACGACUACCGCAAGAAGCACGGCGCGCCGCCGCUCGAGCGCAGCAAAAAGCUCACGAAGAUGGCAAAGGAGUGGGCCAAGCAGAUAGCAAAUGACGACAAAAUGUCGCACCGGAAGGACAAUUCGGAAGGCGAAAACAUCUACUGCAAGUGGUCCAGCAACCCCAAACACAAGGUGAAGGGCAGCGAGGCAGUCGACUCGUGGUAUGCCGAAAUCAAGGACCAUGACUUCUCCAAGGAGCCCUCUCCUGGAGUGCUCAAGAGCGGCCACUUCUCUCAGGUGGUGUGGCUGAGCACCCGCCAGGUCGGCGUGGGCAGGGCGCGCUCCAAGUCCGGCCGGGUCUACGUGGUGGCCAACUACAGUCCCGCCGGAAACUUCCUGGGCGACUACUGCGACAACGUGCCGCCCGUCGGCGGAUUCCCGGCUGGCUUCAAGCCUAAACGUGACGCCCCGCGGGUAGAAAAGAAGAAGAAGAGCAAGAGCAAGCGCCGAAGCAGCAGCAGCAGUAGCAGCAGCAGCAGCGACGAAGAGGACUUUGCCGAGGAAUGCCUGAAGGCGCACAACGAGUACCGGAAGAAGCACGGGGUCCCGUCGCUGAAGCUGAACAAAAAGAUGUGCAAGUACAGCCAGCAGUGGGCCGACACAAUCGCCGAGAAGGACAAGAUGGAGCACCGGCAGGACAAAAAGUACGGCGAGAACAUCUUCUGCGUGUGGAGCGACGACCCCAAGUUCAAGGUGAACGGCCGCGAGGCCGUCGAGAGCUGGUACAGCGAGAUCAAGGACCACAAGUUCGACGUCGAGCCGAAGGCGGGAGUCAUGAAGUCGGGCCACUUCUCCCAGGUGGUCUGGAAGGAGUCCAAGGAGCUGGGGGUCGGCAAAGCCCGCUCCAAGAGCGGCAAGAUCAUGGUGGUCGCCAACUACGAUCCGGCUGGAAACUUCAUCGGUGAUUUCACCAAGAACGUGCCCAAGCCCCUGUAAGAGCGUCCGAGGACAGCCACCAAGACACGGCCAGUGUUUCCCGCGAGCGCAAGCGAUAAACCCCCGCCGGCGCGAGCGAUAGUUUAGCACCCCGCGAGGGUUUUAAGUGAACUGCUUGGUGACCAAUGUGAAGCAGUCUUUUUCCACUGCCUCACGUGUGAGCGUGAAUGUCUGUGUGCGUUUUCGAGCGAGUGCUGAUGGAUUUAUAUAGCCAGUCGGCAGGGCUUAGCUGGAGACAGAAGUCUAUGUUUUGAAAAUGUAUGAAGUUUGUCAACCAAUUCAGCGACAUGGACAAGUGCAUGCAUAAAGUAAAAUUGCAGAAGAUGGAUGCUGCUACUUUUAAAUAUGUAAAAAAUAUAUAUUUAUUGGCUUGGAAGUCAAACUUAUGCACCAGGAAAAAAGUAUUCAAGGAAGACUUCCAGGCACGCGGCGCUCGAGAACGCUUUCUGUGGGAAGCAAGCGAGGGGGGGGGGGGGGGGGCACAUUACGGAUGAGCUGUGCAAAUGAGCUUGUGCUUUGGUGAUAAAUUUUGCAUGCGAGUGAUUAUAUGAAUCUAGUCGAUUUUCCCCUAAACAAGUGAUGAUUAUGUGUAAGGGGCUGUCGCAUAUCAAAGUUGGUGACUGAUGAUUUAUGUUAUUAUUAAUUGGCAACGCAUUUGAAACGCCGUUUAAUACAAUGUAGCUAGAUUUCUUCCAGUUAAGUAAUGUGUAAUGAAACCAUUCUCUCGUCUUCAGUGCUUCAAUGUCUAGUCUGAUUAAUUUCAUAGAUAAUGUGCCAGAUUGCUACGACAUUGUGCGAAAGAACAGCGCUUUAUGCAGCAAAUAUAUGUUGUUAAUAAUUUC